AUGGGUCAGCGGAACAAAGUCUUAGAGACCGACACUCCUACUGCAAAAUUCCUCUACACAAUUAUCAAGCAAUUGGACCUGAAGUCGGUCGAUUGGAAUCGGGUCGCCUCCGAUGUCGAAGUCUCCAAUGGUCACGCCGCUCGCAUGCGGUAUUCCCGCUUCCGACAACAAAUGGAAGGAAACACAGGGGCGAGCAAACCAAAGCGAAAGGGCAAGAAGGGAAAGACCAUAGAGCCCCCUGCUGAGAUGCAAGGCAUAUUUCCAAUGGCUCCGCCGCUCAUGGUGCCAACCAUGGAAUCGAUUGAUUCUUCUCUUCAGGGCAAUCCCUUUGUAAAGUGUGAACCGGGCACUCAAGGCAACGCCAACUUACAGAGCCUUAUGCAACAUUCUCCGCAGUUGAUGUCGGAGGCUAGCACCGAAGGACAGUAUUACUUUCCUCAGGAUUUUGCCUCAAUGCAGUUCCAACUGGCGUCAAGCCUACCAUCUGGGAUACCAUCACCCAGCCCCACAGCAUCAUCGUCCUUCAUGUAUGAAAAUCCAUACCAGUUCCCGACCAUGUCAACCGGUUACCCUUAUUCAACACCCAGUACUCAAUCCGGCUUCGACUUGCGGGAGUUUGACCAACUGCCCCGUUUCUCCAAUUAUGCCCCAACCAUCAGCUGGGAACCACGUCCUCCUUCUCGCCAGGAAACUCCAGCCGUAAAAGUCGAACAAGAAACGCAGACCGACGAGAGGACACCGAGUACAGGGAACCAGGAAGAUCAGCAUGUUGUUGUCAAAGUUGAAAAGAUUCAAGAUUGA